AUGUCAGAGGGCGUUGGAAAGCAUAAUCAAAGAUUACCAAUUUGGGUAUUGAACCCUACCGAGGAGAAAGAAGCUCGUCAGAAUUUGAAGAAAUUUGCAUAUGCACAAUGUGUAGAAUACGUGGAGGCCAUGGUCGAAUGUUCAAAGAUUCAUGGAUUGAAGCUUUUCCCAGCGUGUAACGAACCUCGUGACGCUAUGCGCAAAUGUAUAUUAUCAUACCAGAAGGAUUCUAAUCUGGAUCGUCAACGUGACUUGAUAGUGGAACGUAAGAUUGAGAGACUUGAGGAUCUUCUCAAGAAACAAAAGGAAUAA